AUGACAGAGAGUUCAUAUUACAAAAUGGAGCCAGUGGGAAGCUCAGGUUUGGCACAUAUGUGGCAGGAUAGGGCAGCGAUGGAGAAGCAGGACGUUCAGACGGCUGGCAGUGGGAUGCAGCGGGAGCAGAGCGAGCAGACGACAAAGAGCGAAGCCGGACAGACUGAGCAGUGUCGAAGGGUUCCAGAGAAGGCAGAUCCAUUGAAGAGCAACGGGGGAUCUGUUUCAUUGCAUAGAGCGGCGUUGUGUAGGAAAAGAUUGUCGCAUGGAGCGGUGCAGAAAAUACACAAACUGAGGACCAGACAGAAAUUUGCGUCGCCAACAGAUACGUUGCUGUCGCCAUGCUCGCAGAAACUGAACCAGCACAGGGCCAAGCUGUUCGUGGCCAAGUCGAAGCCAACCAAGUUGAAUUUUGCUACAAAACGCCAGCGGGUGUCUGGCGAGGAGGAUUUUUAG